AUGUCUGAAGUUACACUCGAAGUCGAUCUAUGCCUCUUUGAUCUGGAUGGUACCAUUGUAAGCACUACCGAAGCUGCUGAAUGUGCAUGGAAAGAACUAUGUAAAAAACACGGUGUAGACCCUGUUGAACUAUUCAAACACUCUCAUGGUGUUAGAACCACUGAAGUCCUGAAAAUGUUCUUCCCAAAUAUAGAUAAUGCUAACAAUCAAGCAGUCAUCGAUUUGGAGACAUCUAUUGGUAGAGAUUACUUAAAUUCGGUCACUCUGAUCCCUGGCGCACAGAGCUUACUUCUUUCAUUGGAUACUAACCCAGAGAAUCCAAAUGAAAGGUUAAGUCACAGAAAAUGGGGUAUUGUUACCUCUGGUACACAAGAACUAGCAUUUUCGUGGUUCACCAGUAUUCUGAAACAAGUUGGUAAGCCGGAGGUUUUCAUUACGGCCUCUGACGUUUCUAACGGUAAACCAGAUCCAGAAGGAUACAGCGCCGCAAGAGAUAAAUUAUGUGACAUUUGGAACUUUAAAGACUCGUUUAAAUCUAAGACCGUAGUAUUUGAAGAUGCUCCUGCAGGAAUUAGAGCUGGAAAAGCCAUGGGUGCUAGAACCAUCGGUAUUACCUCCAGUUACCGAAAACAGACUCUUAUAGACGCAGGUGCGGAUUAUAUCGUUGAAGAUUUAACUAAGGUUACAGUUGUUAAGAACUCUGAACACGGUAAUAUUGUGCUCAGAAUUGAAAAUCAAUUAUAG